AUUCAAAAUACCAUCAUCUCAUUAAAAAAAGCCCAAUUACAUUAUCCAAAUGGAGUAUCAUGAUAGUUCUUUUUCCACCACACAUAAACAAAAUCCUCAAAUUCGACAUACAUACAAUUUAAUUCCCAAUUCCAUUAUCAACUAUCAUAAAAAAAAAAAAACACAAAAUGAACUUACUCAAACCUUCCAAUUACACUUAUAAUUAUGAUCAUCAAUCAAAAUUCUACUCCAACAAUUUAUCAAUAAAUAAAUUAAAAGUUAAUUAUUGGCAAAGAAGCACCAAAAAAGCUAAGAUUUCAAGUGUAAUUAGAGGUUGUUCUACCAAUAAAGAAGCUAAGGAAGAUGAAGACAUUAUGGAAAGGAAAACUUUUCUUUCUCUUCAAGAAGCUGGUUUGGUGGAACUCUCCGGUCUUAGUACUCAUGAACGUUUUCUUUGCAGGUUAACUAUAUCCUCAUUGAAUCUAUUACGAGUGAUAGCAGAACAAGAAGAUUGCUCAAUUGAAGAAUUGAAUGCAGGAAGGGUUUGUGAUUGGUUCUUGAAAGAUAAACUCAAAAGGGAGCAGAAUAUUGGGUCCGCUGUACUUCAAUGGGAUGAUGACGAUCCAUUUGAGGCCCAUUUUUAGAUUAGCUUCUUACAUUAUUAUUACUUUUAAAAAAUAGUUACUUUAUGAGAAAUUAUCUUUGUUUCUGACGAUCUCAAAACAAGAAGGUUAUAUUUUCUCAAUUUGUAUUGAUUGGACUAUUUAAGUCA